UUUGCCCUAAGUUUGGGCUUAUUCUCAGCCCAUUAAGAUAAUUUUUUGGCAUUCCUUUCUCCACACGUUUCACCUGGAAAUGGUGGAAGCGCAGAGGCAAAACGUUCGUGAGUUCCUCUAGGGUUUCAACCUCAUUGUCUCCGCCAUGAGAACACGGCGGCGUAAACUCUCCGGAGAUUUCUCCUCAACCACCGGACGUAUUACGCGAUCGAAGACCUCGGAGGAUAGAAGAGUCAACUCACUACCGAUCCCAAUCGAUCACAUCAUCGACAUAUUCUCGAGGUUGCCGGUGAAGUCGAUAGCGAUAUGCCGGUGCGUUUCAAAGACCUGGUCCUCCCUACUUCGCCGUCAAGAUUUCACGGAGCUGUUCUUGAGCAGGUCAUCUACUCUCCCCAAGCUGUUGCUCGCCUACCAAAAGGACGGUGACUUGUUCUUCUACUCAGCACCUCAGCCGCAAAAUCCGGAUGAGAAUUCGCCUCCAGUAGUGGCCACUUAUCAUUUGAAGCUGUCCUUUGAUGGUGCGUUUGGAGUAAUUGGGCUUGAUAACGGCUUGGUGGGUGUUAAUGGAAGGAGGGCAUAUUCGGUGAUAUGUAACCCUAGCACUGGACAAUCUUUGUCUUUAACCAGGGAGAAGACAAGGUCAACUAGUUUGUUUGGGUAUGAUCCUGUUGAGAAACAAGUCAAGGUGUUGUCUGUGUGGGGAGAAAAGUUUUAUGGACUUCUCAAACUGGUGGCUGAGGAGUAUCAAGUUAUGACAUUAGGAACGGGAAACCCGCCGUCAUGGAGAGUGGUCGAUUGUGGAUGCAUGCUCAGUAAUUCUCAUUACUUGAGAGCUUGGUUUGAAAUUGCGCAAAGCGAGAUGACGCAAGGAGGCUGGCGCUUAGCGCCUAGCGCCAUGGCGCCACAUUGCCAGCGCCUUGUGUACUUGCAACACAAAGGUACAACAAAGCGGCGUUUUUACCGCUUUAGCAAAAUAACAAAAGCGAGGAAAAGCGACAUAAAGCGAGGGUUUUAUGUAAAACGCCUGGCAAUGGGGUCCCUUGGCGAUGAGGUCCUCGCCACAAGGCGCAUGGCGCCAAAAACGCUCGCUUUUUCAAACCAAGCUUGAGAGAGAAAUGCAUCAACGGUGUUUUGUACUAUAUAUCUACUGAUAUGUCUACAGAGACUACUGUGUUAGUUUGCUUUGACGUUAGGUCUGAGAAGUUCAGCUUUGUUAAAGUUAAGACGUUUGUCAUUGAGGGAACUAUGAUAAACUAC